AUUUCCUCUCCACUCCAUGAAUCCAAGUUUUGAAAUACACGUGCACCCAUCUCAAGUACCUCUUUAACGGGUUCCGGGCGGCGUAAAUCCGGUUGGUUGCAUUUGUUUAGACGCUGCGAAUCCGGUUCGAUGCACAUGACUUGCAGCUCAAUAGGCGGGCAGUACUCUAAAUUAUCUGCACCAUUUCCACCGCUGACGAUCAGGGUUUUGCAUUUUUCUUUCCUAUUAUUCUCGGAGAACUAGGGUUUCCGGUCUUACUGGCUGCUGCACUUUCCGGUAGUUUCCUCCAUGACAAGCCCAUGAAUUGGGGUUAGAGUUUUCUCUCGUCAUAGUUGCAGAAACAGAAGCUUAGGUCUUAUGGCUUCCUUGCCUCCUGACAGGUUCGGCCAUAGCUGGUUCAGUAGACCUCCUAACCCGCUGCCUGCAAACCCUAACUUUUGCUGGAUUUCAACAAACUGGUUCAAGAAGAACGAGCCACCUCAAAAGCCAUUAGUGGCCAACAAUCGAUAUAAGGAGAAGCUUGAGAGGUUUCUAUGGGAGCAAGAAAACCUACCUGAUUACAGGCACGCACCAGAGGUUGAAGAAAUUCUCCAUGAGGACUCUGUUUUCGACAAGAAAGAGCUCACACCAGAAGAGAAAGCAGAUAAUGAGAAAUGGUGGGAUAAGUUCGAGAAGAGCCCGGUUGUCAAAUUUCUUGUUCGAGCUGAAGAAAUUGCAGAUGCCGUUAACGAGAUGGAGUUGAAAGAGAAUUCAGUUCCUUUUAGGAAGGAGGACCAUGAUCUAUGGAAGGCUUUACCUAAUGUUCCCGGGCUUGAUGGUAGGCCAAUGCCAAGGAAAGCCAUUAAAACGGAGAAAGAAGCACAUGAUAAGUUUUGGGACUUCUGCAAGCAGUUCCUUUUUGGUUUAUGGGGCUUUAGGCAAAGGCCUUAUCCACCCGGUCGCCCUAUUGAUGUGGCACAGGCAUUCGGGUACAAGAGGCUCGAGAAACGUUAUUAUGACUUUAUCAUGAGGAGUGGCGGUUUCUACUACAAGGAUCGGUUAGGUCGCACUAGAGGACCAUGUGAGCUAAUUCAGCUCAAAACUUCUUGGGCUGCUGGGAUAAUUGAUACAAACACUUUCAUAUGGGGGGAAGACAUGGAUGAAUGGGCACCAAUUGGCAUGGUUUAUGGCUUGCAACCAGCAAUUGCCACAUGGGAAGUAAGGCUAGGGGCUGCUGCAACAGCUGCCCUUCAUAAAAUGGGGAAAGGUAUACCUCCCUGGGUUCCCCUUAAGGGAUUCGAGAAGAAGUCCUACAAGCAGCUUCAAGAUGAAGCCAUUGAGAGCAAGAGGCGCGAUCUUGCUGUUCUUGAAGCCAAUGGAGGGGUAUGGCCUGGUGAAAGAAUUCCCAGUCAUGCCUUGUUUCUUUGGGCCAGUGGAUCUGAGCUCACCACUAUAUUGGAAGAAGACCAUAUGCCAAACAAAUUUAUCCCAAAAGAUCUCAGGAAACGUUUGCAAGAGAUAAUCCCUGGAUUGAGGCCUUGGGAGGUUCUUAGUAUAGAGCAAGCUAUGGACCAGAUCACUUAUGAUGGAGGGUGGUAUCGCGAGCCAUUAGGUUCCUACACUACUGGUCCUCCAUACAUUAGGCAUUGGAACAGAGACGUGAAGAGAAUGUUUAGGCUUUUCCACAACCUCACCAAUAGAGUUUACCAAAAGCUUGAUCGUGUAAUCCCUGGAUUCAAAGUGAUCAUGGAUAGGGUUCAGCAAGAUGUGAAUGAGAAGGACAAAAGGCGUGAGGAAAAGCAAUCUCAGAAGAAACGGGGAUUUGAGGAAAUUAUCGAGAAAGGUAUAUCAGACGUUCCAAUUUCGUAACGGUCUUUUAUUUUUCACAUUUUUGUAAAGAGGACUUGUGGUGUUCACGCUUGAAUUCUUGCUGUUCACUUUAUCCUCUGUUCUUCAUGGUUGAGCCGUUUGUAUAUUAUGCAAGUUAACCUUCCUGCUUAUUUCUAUUGAAUAGUGGAAAAAAGUGAAAUUACCGGAUUCCUCACAAUA